GAGUCAUGACUGCUGCGAUCAUCCAUUGGACAGCAGCCACCCACCGAUACGUACGAGGAAGAGGAGACCAAAGGGGAAAGGAAAAGCAAAGGCAGAGCCCGUGAAAGGUCGCCAUGGAGAGCGGAGGGACGAGGGACGGAGGCGGAGGAGGAGAAGACGACGAGUUCUCGGUCAUGGUGCUGGCAUCCGACCUAACGGUGGAUGCACGAUCCUUUCUGGAGCGGGUGAACGAGACACAUCAGGAGGACGAGUGGUUCGACUGCCGCACCUCCCUCCUCGACGAGGACUUUUCCGACCUCGAGCAGCUGCAGGCUCUGCGUGUCGAGGGCCUGGACAAGCAAGGCCGCCCCAUCCUCAGGAUCGUCGGCAAGUACUUCCCGGCUCCAGUCAUCAGUGCAGAGCGGCUGAAGAAGUAUGUAUUCCACAAGAUCCACACUGAAUUGCCUGAAGGGCCAUUUUGUAUUGUUUACUUGCACAGCUGUGUUCAGAAAGAGGACAACUCUCCAGGGAUGACCAUUCUGAGGUGCAUCUACGAAGAUAUUCCCGCUGCUUACAAGAGUAGGCUUGAGGUUGUAUACUUUGUGCAUCCUGGGAUACGAUCAAGGCUUGUUCUGGCUACCCUUGGCCGGUUCUUCUUGAGUGAAGGUUUGUACUGGAAAAUCAAGUAUGUUAGCCGUCUUCAGUAUCUUUGGGAUGAUAUCAAGAAGGGGCAGGUUGAAAUUCCAGACUUUGUAAAACAACAUGACGAUGUUCUUGAGAAUAGACCAUUGACAGAUUACGGAAUAGAGCCCGACAUUCUUCCUGUAAAUGAGGGGCCAAUGGUGGGCUAUUCGUUCAUGAGGCAUGAGGACAGAUGGGCUUCUAGGGCAUAUUCUUGACGACACAUCAAAUGAUGGUGAUCCGUACUAUAUGUCCCUGUUCUACUUACUGCUAAUUAGUAUAUCGUAGAAUGACGUAUGUAAAUAAUGUGUGCUGACCUGUGGGUUCUUGUUGCAUAGUCCUCUUCAUUAGAAGCCUUUGUUUGGCUUCCCUUGGAAUUAAGAAGUUUUUGUUUGGCUUUAUGGCUGUCUCAUUGGAUAACUUACCCACAGCACUGCAUGUAUAUUUUCUUAAAUUAUUCUGCAAUCGAGAGAGAGAGAGAGAACUGCAUGGUUA